CAGCUAAAUACACAUGUUACGCUUCAUUAUUACCCAAAUAAGAUAAAAGGAAAAGUUGAGCGAAAAUUCGCAGGAUGUCUUGACAUCAGAUCUCACUCAAAUUAAUUCACAUCAUUACAUGCUCUUCAUUAUCAUAAAGAAUCUCUAUAUUCUCCAUAUAAUUUAGUUUGGCAGAUCGAGUAGAAGACAUAAAUAUUUUAUUAUUAUUUUUAAUUUGUUUAUCAAUAGAAUUAGGAUCGGUGGAAUAGAAGGAGGAGAUUCGGUAUUGGAAUUGAAAAACAGAGUAUCAGAGACAGCAAAGAGAAUUUUGCAGAUGAUAAAGUGGGACCAAUCCAACUAUUUUGAUUUUUGACAGUUCCGUUAUGGAUAUUAUUGCGUCAUUUCGUUAGGUACACAAUAAAGAACACACACAGUCAGAAAAAGAGAAACGAAGCUCCCAAGGCAGAUUUAACAAUUUCAGGUUCCAAUUCAAUUUGAUUUGAUUGGUAUUUUUAGAGUGAGAGGUAGAUGGCGGGUGACGGUGACGUGGGAUGCUGUGGGACAGAAUUCUGGGUGUUUUUGGUGGUAAUAGCAGGGCUGGUCACAUUUGCUGGCCUCAUGGCUGGUUUAACGCUUGGUCUCAUGUCUUUAGGUUUAGUAGACCUUGAAGUUCUUAAUAAAGCUGGCCGUCCUCAAGAUCGUAUCUAUGCCUCAAAAAUAUUGCCAGUUGUAAAGAAUCAGCACCUUCUCCUAUGUACUCUUUUGAUAGGCAAUUCUUUAGCCAUGGAGACCCUUCCUAUAUUCUUGGACAAGAUUGUGCCUCCUUGGGCUGCUAUUCUGAUAUCUGUCACUCUUAUACUAAUGUUUGGAGAGAUAUUGCCACAAGCAGUAUGUACUCGUUAUGGUUUGAAAGUUGGAGCGACAAUGGCCCCAUUUGUCCGUGCUCUUCUUAUACUGUUCUUCCCGAUUUCUUAUCCAAUUAGCAAGUUCCUGGAUUGGAUGCUGGGCAAGGGACAUGCUGCCCUCUUGCGAAGAGCAGAGCUUAAAACAUUUGUUAAUUUUCAUGGCAAUGAGGCAGGGAAAGGAGGAGAUUUGACGCAUGAUGAGACUACUAUAAUUGCUGGGGCACUUGAGUUGACCGAAAAGACAGCAAAAGAUGCCAUGACUCCCAUAUCGAAGGCAUUUGCUCUUGAUCUGGAUGCAACUCUUAAUUUGGACACAUUGAAUUCAAUAAUGACUAUGGGUCAUAGUAGAGUCCCAGUUUAUGCAGGAAACCCAAAUAAUAUUAUUGGACUUAUUCUGAUUAAAAAUCUCUUAACAGUUGAUCCAGAAGAUGCUGUUCCACUAAGAAAAAUGAUCGUACGGAAAAUACCUCGGGUUUCAGAAGACAUGCCUUUAUAUGAUAUUCUAAAUGAAUUUCAGAAGGGCCACAGUCACCUUGCAGUUGUAUAUAAAGAUUUAAAUGCAAAAACAGAGACAUCAAAUAGAGAUAAAAGUCGUCAGCAGUUCGAAUUCAAGGAUAGUUGCAGGAAGCAGAGGGGCAAAGAGAUAUCAUCUAAGAAAGAUGAUAGCGCAGUUGGGCCCGCUGCUGCUGCUGAAAAAGUAAGUGCUGGUUUCAAGUCCCAUGAUCCUCAGACUGCUUAUGAAAAGAAUGAUGAAGGUCAAAAGAGAAAAAAGAGUCCACCGCCAACUCCUUCCUUUAAGAAACGGCAUAAAGGGUGUUCAUAUUGCAUUCUGGACGUUGAGAAUUCCCCAAUUCCUCAGUUCCCUUCCAAUGAAGAAGUAGUUGGUGUAAUUACUAUGGAGGAUGUGAUUGAAGAACUUCUUCAGGAGGAAAUAUUGGAUGAAACUGAUGAGUAUGUCAAUAUUCACAACCGGAUCAGGAUUAACAUGAAUGCAUCUCAAGAAAAACCUUCCAACUCAACAUCACAUCCUUUGGUGUAUGGCACCUCUAUUGCCGGCACAUCUAUUGCUGGCACCGGAACACCAUCCACGUUAUCCACAGGUCCCACGCCAACUCUUUCCAUCUCAACCAGCACUUCCUUGGCCGGCUCACCAGCAACUACAAACCAAGUUUCUGAAUUCAUUACUAUGAACAUUUAACAUAGAUCAAAAUCGAAGGACAUAGAUAGGAACGAGCUCGGGAAGCUACUAAUCGACUGUAAUUACAUAGAUUUGGUUGCUACGUGGAGGAAACAAUACAUAAGAAUUCAUCUAGACGGUAAUGCCUGGCAGAUAUUAAUUAACUUUAUCUUAAAAUAAUUACAGUUACAAGAAUGUUUUGUUCCUUGCUA